UCAUUCAAAGAUUUUCAAACUUGAGGACCUUUUUGGAUCACAGAUUUGGACUUUCCUUGAAAUUUAUAUUAAAAGUUUUUCUUGUCUCUUAUAUUCAAUGACCAAUCUUGAAUUUAUAUCUCUCUCUGUGUGGUUUUUGAACUAACCUCUCCAAUACCGUAUGAAAUAGUUUCAAAACAUCUCUCUUCUCUUUCGUUUCUCAAGAGAUGUCGAUGAUGAGCAAAAACAGAAGCAGCAGCAGCAGUAUGGCCAUGGGAGGAACACCAUCGUUUCUUGAAUUGAAGAAACAAGCUUCUUUUUUCUUCAAGGAAAAGCUCAAAACGGCGCGUUUGGCUCUCACUGAUGUCACUCCUCUUCAACUAAUGACUGAGGAAGCUACGGAUGGUGAGUCAUGGGGACCAAAUACACAAACCUUAGGAUCUAUUUCAAAAGCUGCUUUCGAGUUUGAAGAUUAUUUGCGGAUCGUCGAUGUUUUGCACAAAAGAUUGGCAAGGUUUGAUAAGAGAAACUGGAGAAUAGCUUAUAACUCGCUCAUAGUUGUUGAACAUUUGCUCACUCAUGGACCAGAGAGUGUUUCUGAUGAGUUUCAAGGCGAUGUAGAUGUUAUCUCCCAAAUGCAACCUUUUCAAAUGAUCGAUGAGAAAGGGUUUAAUUGGGGAUUAGCUGUUAGAAAGAAAGCAGAGAAGGUUUUAAAGCUACUUGAGAAAGGGGAAUUGCUCAAGGAAGAGAGGAAGCGAGCUCGUGAGCUGUCUCGAGGGAUUAAAGGUUUUGGUAGCUUUGAUCACAAGUCUUCAUCUCAUUGUAUGUCAGAGAGUGUAGUCUUACAAGAAUCUCCAGUCUAUAGGAAAUGCAAUUCCAACUUUACCAAGUACAGCGAGGAUGACCAAGAGAUCAUCAACUCAGUGGUUUCUUCUAAUGAAGCCGGUCACUUUCCUCAGCAGCGGGUUACUGACCCGAACGAGGAAACUGGGACGGGUAUGAAAGAAAAUAUGGAUCCUGAAGAUGAUGAGAACACAGAGGUAGACCCACUUUUGAGUUGUAGUAAGGGUCAAGAUUUAGAUGAAGAAGAUGAGAACCAUCCAUUUACUGAUGGCGAAAAUAAGCAUACAAUAGUCUCAUUGCUUGAUGAGAACACAAAUUGAAAUUUUCUUAAAAUGUAAUCGCAGUCUGUAUAAGAGAGAAAAAUCAAGAAGAAGAUAAUGUGUGUA